AAGUUCCACAUUCACACGUGAAGCAUCUACAGAGGACACAGACGUCUUAGCGGAAUGUUUGCAAAGUCAACGUUUUCUGUACACACUCCAUGCUGUUGCUGUGAUGGCUGAAAUCAUCUUGGCGGAUUUGGUUCAUCCCGGUUGUUCUCGGUACACAAAGUGUCUCGAGGAGCGCGUGAACAAACUACUGAACUCUCUAGGAAAUGGCACAAGGCAACCUGUUUACAUUUUUCUCCAACAGCACGUGGGCUGGUCUGAGGAACUCACUAAGACGUUUGUUAUGGAGAAGUGCGCUGGUCUGAACGGACACGUCUAUGUGUUAACAGACGGCAGUUGUGUAGCCGUGCUGUACGCGUUCAAGCAAGCCGCGGACGAGCUGAACGUUAGACACGUGCACGUGUUGACGAGCCAUGCGCGGCGCGAGGAGAUGCAGGCGUGUGAAAAGCAGCUCUUUACCGAGAUCUACGCUUUCACCUACAGUAGCGUGCUGGAUUGCGACUCCUGCACCUUCACACAACUCAACACCACCUGCCUCCAGUUCACUCAGCUUACAGAGCAAAUCAGCGGCUUCCUACAGCGCCUCCCAGCGCUCCGGGGAGAAAUUACAGUCCUGAAGUCUUCACUCAUCUCAGAUUGCUUUGCACAUGGCUUUACCACAAGAACAGGAGGAAUUUCCUACAUCAGCACUCUCAGCUCCUUAAACCUGUUUAGCAGUUCCCGUCGCAGAGACUCACGUGCUGUAGUGGCUGAGAAUAUUCGCCGCCUUGGUUUGCAUGUCGGGUUUCAGCCUCAUCAGUUCCAUCUCUCUAAGGUUAACCACGGCAGCGAUGUGUGGGCAAUGAACAAGCCAGAACCUGAGAGUUAUGAUGGCAUUGUGACCAAUCAGCCAGGUGUUGUAAUAGCAGCCCCAGGAGCUGACUGCAUGCCGCUGCUUUUUGCUGACCCUGUGGGAAAGGUUAUUGGAGUAGCACAUGCAGGCUGGAAGGGAACUCUCAUGGGAGUUGCUAUGGCAACAGUAAAUGCCAUGGUGCGGGAGUUUGGCAGUGAGCUUGCUAACGUGGUGGCUGUGAUUGGGCCUUCUGUUGGACCCUGCUGUUUCUCUCUGGAACAAAAUUCUGCAAAAAAAUUUCUGGCCAUCCAUCCAGACUGUGUCAGAGACACAGAGUCACCCAUGCCUUAUGUGGAUAUCAGACUUGCCACUAGGGUCCUCCUGGAGAAAGGUGGUCUCCUCCCAGAACACAUCCAGGAUAACACAGUGACAAACAGACCGAACCUCACCCUCUGCACCUCCUGCCAUUCUGACUCCUUCUUCUCCCAUGUGAGAGAUGGUCUCAACUUUGGUACUCAGAUUGGCUUUCUAUGGAUCAAGGAGACUCAAGAGUUUAAACAAUAGGAUCUUCAGAAUCAGUGCCUGUGCUACUCAAUGUCAACAUCUCAUCUCAAUCUGUUGCAGAAACAAAAAGCAUCGAUAUUCACAGUACUUUCAGUACUGAGUUCGGUUAGAUGUGUACAUUUGAAGAUAAACUGAAGUUAGACAUAUUGCUGCCACUUACCUCAUCUCAAGUUUUCUGAAGACUGAGAGCCAUUGAUGCCCUUUUUGCAGAUAGUAGGAGUAAAUAAUGCAUUUUUAUUAUGUAUGUUUUAAUGAAUUGUAUUGUGAUAUAUUUUGAUUAAGUAAUAUGAACAAUAGUUAGCAGCACCGCUCUGCAUUCUCCCUGUAGAGGUAUACUGCCUAUAUCAUUCUGAUAAUUAUCUAAGGAGCUUCAAUAUUAAUUUUCUAUGGUAGGCUAUUUCCAGUAGCUGAUCUAUGUGGGAUAGGUCAGUUUCUAAGAGUGCCCAGUACUGAAGAGCCACUGCAGUACAUAUUAUCCUAUUAGUAGAAUACUACUAUUUAAAAGAAUUAUAUAUACACGCUGGUAAUGCAGCAUUGUCACCGAAAGGCUCCAAGGUCCACCAAUUUCAUCCUGAGCACUCUGUCUGUACAAAUUUUAGAAUUGUUCCCCCUGUGUCCAUGUGGGUUUCCUUCCACCACCCAAAAAUAUGUGAAUUCACCCUAAUGUGUGAAUGUGUGUGCAUGGUGUUAUUCCAUCUAUGGUGCAUCUCUGCAUUGUGCCUGGAUUCACAGCGAUCUUAAUUAAUUAUUAAUUCAUUCAAAUUCAAAUUUUAUUUGUCACAUACAAGUGACAAAUGUAUUGAAAUGUGUUUUACGACUGUUCCUUGUAGUGAGAAAUACAGUAGAAAUUAAAAUGCUAUGAAAGGUGCAAUGAAAAGGAUAAAUAAAGAGAAAAAAAUAAACAAUAAACAGAGAUCUAUGAAUCUGAAAAUAAGGAUAAAUACAAAAAUUAAGAAUAAAAACAGAUCUGUAUAAUAUGCAAUGAAUGGGAUGGAAUGCGGAUAAGUA